GCUCUUGCAUUUGUGCUCCCACCAGUUUAUGCUUGACCGAAAAAACAUCCAAUACCAAUGACACAGGAAAUUCUCGGCAUGCUUUCUUUUGUUAUAUGUAUAUACCUAAAUGAUAUGGUAGGUACGUAUGUUCGUUGAUCCUUAAUAGUUGAAAAAAGGAGGCGUGUGUUGCAAGUAAGAAAGAAUUAAUAAUAAUGGCAAUGGCUGCGCAAUCUAAAGAGACUGAGAAUAUUGAUAUAGACAGACUGACAAAAUUAAUUGCAGUGAAUGCGGGGGAGUUUAGUUUUCGGAUCGAAAAAAAAGAUUGGGAUAGGGCUCUGCAAAUAUACGAGUCGUGUGAUCUUCAAGAAAAAGAAGAUUUGCUACGUAUGAAGAUCACUCGUUCAGGGGAUACAGCUUUACACAGGCUUUUACGUAUGACUCUCAAGGACGAAGAGAAAGGCAACGCUGCUGCGACUUUCCUAUACAUAAAAGACAGCGCAGCGACUUCCCAAAACAAAAAAGAGAAGGCAGCGAGUUUGGAAAAGAAGAAAGAGAAUUUUGUGACGCAGCUGGUUGAGGGGUUGAAGUUUGUUCAGCUGACGUAUUUUGCUGAUGACAGAAAGAACACUCCUCUCCAUCUGGCAGCUACAAUGGAGAACCGGCAGCAAAUAUGCACGAAAAUGGCUAGUAAUCAACCUGAUGGUAUCAGUCUUCGCAAUGAAGAUGGCGAGACUCCUCUCUUCUUGGCAGCUCUCUAUGGUUCUAAAGAUUCCUUCAUUAAUCUCUGCAAUAUCUGCUGCAAUAAUGAUCCCAGCCUCACCAAAAUCUACGAAUAUGGUACAAGGAGCAAAGAAGGCAGCACUGUUCUUCACUGUGCCAUCAAUGAAGAGUACUUUGAUUUGGCACUUGAAAUAGUUCAUCAGUUUCCAGAGUUUGUACACCGUGUUGAUCGGAGAGGGUAUUCACCUCUCCAUCUUUUAGCCACGAAGAGCGCUGCAUUCAAAAGUAGUUGUCCCCGAACUUGGCUGCAAGAUACCUUGUAUCACUGUUUACCAGAAAAGAUUUGGAAGUGGACAACAAAAGAUUGUGUGCAUAAUUAUAAAUCCAAAACCACUGAUCCAGAAGGUGUUUGGAAGACAGUGAAGUGUUUCCUUGAACCAAUAGUGGUGAUUCUAGAGAUGAAAGAAAAGCACAGGAAGUCUAUUGAGAUCAUGAAUAUGCUUCUCUCGGAACUUCAAUCACAUAAUUAUAUGAAUACUGCUGCUGGAUGCAAACCCAAAUGUGACGAGGUUUUUGAGCUCAUUAGAAUAUCGAAUAACAGCGAUUUUGACAGUAAUCAAGAAAAAAAAGAUAGCAAAGUUUCCUCGGAAAGCAGCCAAAAGAACAAAACAGAGCGAGAGACACCGAUACUAAUUGCAGCAAAGAAUGGUAUAAGGGAAUUAGUUGAAAAAAAUCUUCAUCUAUUUCCUGAGGCCAUGUAUGAUACCAACCCAGAAGGAAAGAAUGUGAUGCACAUAGCAUUAGAAAAUAGGAAAAUUGAAGUUUACAAGGCGUUGACGGAUUGGACUCUCAUAAAAGAUUUGUUACACCAUAAUGAUAAAACGGGAAACAAUGCAUUGCAUCAUGCUGCAAGGGUUGGUAAAUAUCCGCCAUGGAUGGCCCCAAAAGCCGUGCUUAAAAUGCAAUAUGAAAUCAAGUGGUUUGAGUCUAUCAAGAGACCUCUACCAAAAAACAUGUUGGCUCACCAAAAUAACGAAGGCAAGACCCCGUAUCAGACAUUUAUGGAGACACAUGAAGAUCUCGUGAAAAACGACACAGAUUGGCUAAUGAAAACCACGGAUUCGUGCACCCUCGUGGCAGCAUUAAUUGCAACGGUUGCCUUUGCCACCUCAGCCAGCUUGCCUGGCGGCAUAAAUGGAGACAACGGAGAACCAUUUCUCCAACAAGAUCGCAUGUUUGAGGUUUUCGCCAUCUCAUCGCUCGUAGCGCUCUGCUUUUCACUCACUGCGGUGCUAAUGUUCCUUUCCAUUCUCACUUCUCACGAAGCCAUGGAUUUUCAUGUUUACUUGCCCAGAAAGCUCCUGAUCGGUUUGACGGCGCUUUUUAUAUCAAUAGCUUCCAUGUUGGUGUCUUUUUGCGGCGGGCAUUUCUUCGUUCUCAGAAAAAUAGUUAAACAAGCACAGGUUGUUGAAUAUUUAGUAGCGUUUCUACCUGUGAUGUUUUUUAUCAUAGCACAGUGCCCUCUCUACGUUAAGCUUUUAUGGGCUACACUAAUCAAGGACGAGCCAUAGCGUGCCUCCAAGUUAAUAAAUAAUUUUAUGUA